CGCCCAUUAUUUAGGGGCGGCAUUAUUCAAACAAUCAUGCUAUAUGUAGGAUCUAGGAAGCUACUGAGCCAAGCAGAGACUAAAGAAUGGAUUCAAGUUCACUGGGAGCAUUGGCUAAUCUGCUGAAGCCUCCAAAAGAGGAUGGGGACAGUGAGGAUCCUCCCUUUUAUGCAUACGUACAGGAGAUAGACACAAGGCCCAGCCCCUACAUAAACCCUGGGGCAAUUGGACCCACGUCCAGUGCCACUCCUGCCGGGGUAGCCAAAGCAAAGACUGUGAGCAAGGACAUUUGGGGGAGUGAAGAAGUGGUUUCUCCUCAGCAACAUGAUUACGAUGACCCUCGGCCAGAACCUGAGUAUGAGAUGGUGUUCAGACAAGCUGUGGGUGCAGAGGAUGUGUUCCUAGGUAUGGGUAUCAAGAAUCCUACCACUGCUUCUUGUGAAGACCAGGUGGUUAGAAUCAAACUCCCCUCCACACAAGCAAAGGACAUUGAUCUAGAUAUCACCGAGUCAUACCUGGAUUGCCGAACCCCCCAAUGGCGUCUUGGUCUGCAUUUACCCCAUAAAGUUGACAGUAAUUCAAGCAAGGCAAAAUGGGUCUGCGAUACAAACACACUACAAGUGACACUUAAAUUGAACAGGGAAUUUGAUCUCAUUAACCAUUAAUUAUUGUUUGCAAAACACCUUGUUUGUGUGUUUGUUUGUCUCUCAUAUAAUUAUUUGCAUGACGACGGCAGCAGUGCAGUGCGUAGGUGAAAUGUUAUUCAUUGAUGACGCAAAUGGUUUCUAGGGAAGUAACCAAUCAAAUUCUAGCACACACACCUCCCACACAUGCGUGUGUGUAGAGGUCUCUCAGCUGAAUCACUAUCUCACACAUAUUCAUUCAGAGGUGAAGUUUUGAGCUUUAACUUGCCAGUACAAGUCAAGAUGUCAGACAAGCCAGAUGUAUCAGCGGUGACCACCUUCGACAAGUCAGCACUGAAGAAAACUGAGACACAGGAGAAGAACCCACUACCAACCAAAGC